AUGUCGAAGCCAGCGGAAGAGCCUUCAGUGUGGCAAGAUCUCCUGCGAGUGCUUCAUCGCGAAACCCCGCAGAUCACGCCAGCGGAGGCGUGGGACCGCCUUCAGCAGGACUUCGGUGAUGUGAAGAAGGACCAAGUGAAGCAUGCGCUCAUGCGGAUCCGGAAGAAAGCGCAAGCCGAGGCUGAAGGCACGAAGCCUCAAGACUCAGCCCGUCCAUGCGAGCUCACCGCACCAUUACAAGCGGACCCGAUGCCAUCCCUGCACUACCGUGACCCCUUCUCCAAAGAUGGCAGCAGCAGCUGCACUCAGGAGCCUCAGGCUUCGCCGGAGGCGAAGCCCGGUUGUUGGGAGCUGCAGACCUCGAAGACCGGAGGUUUGGGAGUUUUUGCCAAAUGCGACAUUGAGCCAGGCGAGCUGAUUUUUUGGGAUCAGCCUGCAAUGGUUGUGAAGCUCAAGAACGCGGGCAUCCAGUCGAAGUUGGAGGAAAUUGCUGAAGAAAGAGACAGCAUCAUGAAGAGCUUCGAUGACUUGGAGGACGGGAAAAAAGCAGAAGUGCUGUCCCUUUCAAGUUUCAUGUCAGACUUCCUUGAUGACCCCGAAUUGGAUGAAGGCGGGUUGGCCAGUGGCUUGCGUCAGAGUAUUGAGCUGAUGCGAUCCUCAGAGCAGUCAUUUGUGGUGGCAAGCAUCUUCCUUACCAAUGCCAUCCCUGUCGGAGAGGGACGCUGGGGCUUGUGCUGUGGCAUUGCACGCUUCAACCACAGCUGCUCUCCAAACGCUGAAUAUGUGACUGCCAGCACACAAGUUGACUGCUAUGUUCGUGCGACGCGCCACAUCAAAGCCGGAGAGGAAAUAUCAGUGCACUACGCCGAGCUUGACCAUCGCGCCGAGCAGAACUCUCUGGCUUUUCGACCAACUGCUGAACGUCAAGCUUGGAUGAAGGUGAGCUUUGGACAGGCCUGCAAGUGCAUUCCAUGCCAGCAGGAUGACCCGGCUUCCGAUGAGAAGCGCAAAUCCAUAUGUAGGCUCUUUCAUGCCAUUCCAAUGGCAGGGUCGCAAGUGGAGGAGCAAGCUUGGAAGCUGCUACACCUCAUGCAAGAGGUCGGAGUGAUGUUUCCUUCUCUUCUCAGGCAACUUGCUCAUGAUGUCUGCUUCGCAGCAGACCGAAAACUCCUCGACUCUCGCAAGACAGAGCGCCUGCUGUUCUGGCGCCGCCUUGCGUAUGAGCUGCAGUGCUACGGCUUCGGUGAGAGCAGACCCUACACUCAGGAGCUGAAGUCAAAGAUGCUGCAACUGAAGGAGAAGAUGGAGAAGCAGGCACGUAAGGGAGCACCUGCUUGA